AUGAAGAGGCAGAACGUGCGGACCCUGUCCCUGAUCAUCUGCACGUUCACCUACCUGCUGGUCGGGGCCGCCGUCUUUGAUGCCCUGGAGUCCGACAACGAGAUGCGGGAGGAGGAGAAGCUCAAAGCCGAGGAGAUCCGGCUCAAAGGGAAGUACAACAUCACCAGCGAGGACUACCGGCAGCUGGAGCUGGUCAUCAUGCAGUCCGAGCCCCACCGGGCCGGGGUCCAGUGGAAAUUCGCGGGCUCCUUCUACUUUGCCAUCACAGUCAUCACGACUAUCGGUUAUGGACAUGCCGCCCCAGGGACGGAUGCCGGGAAAGCCUUUUGUAUGUUCUACGCUGUCCUGGGGAUCCCACUGACGCUGGUCAUGUUCCAGAGCCUGGGCGAGCGCAUGAACACCUUUGUCAAGUACCUCCUGAAACGGAUCAAAAAGUGCUGCGGGAUGAGGAGCACUGAUGUGUCCAUGGAAAACAUGGUCACUGUGGGUUUCUUCUCCUGCAUGGGAACCCUCUGCAUUGGAGCAGCAGCCUUUUCCCAAUAUGAGGAGUGGAGCUUUUUCCAUGCUUACUAUUACUGCUUUAUAACAUUGACUACGAUAGGGUUUGGCGACUAUGUGGCCCUGCAGACCAAAGGGGCCCUCCAAAAGAAGCCACUCUACGUGGCUUUUAGCUUUAUGUACAUUCUAGUGGGGUUGACAGUCAUUGGGGCAUUUCUAAAUCUGGUUGUUCUCAGGUUCUUAACCAUGAACAGUGAGGACGAGAGACGGGAUGCCGAGGAGCGGGCAUCCCUGGCAGGGAACCGCAACAGCAUGAUUAUUCACAUUCAAGAGGACGCCCAGCAUGUUCGGCCACGGUACAAGGCCGAAGUAACAGACCUUCAGUCAGUUUGUUCCUGCAUGUGUUACAGGUCCCACGAGUACACCAGCCGGAUGGUGUCUCACCAAAAUUCGUUCAGCUCCAAGCUGAAUCCUCAGUACUUUCACUCCAUCUCUUACAAGAUAGAAGAGAUCUCACCAAGCACAUUAAAAAACAGCCUUUUCCCAUCUCCUGUUAGCUCCAUCUCACCUGGGUUGCACAGCUUUACAGAUAACCACAGGCUGAUGAAAAGGCGAAAGUCCAUUUAAAGUGAUUUGUCUUUUGCUUUACUUGUUUUCCCCAAUUACCUUUUUUGUUUCUUGAGUGAGACGGAGCGAGGCCAAAGGGAAUAGAAAAAGCCAGUCCUCCUCUGAGACUCAGCUCUUGAGCAUGAAGCAUGGAUUAAUUCUGUUCCAGCAAAGUAUGCCUUACAUUACCCCCUCGGUGGAUUUCAGAGGAUUCGAGGUGACAUGAAGUGGGUACCAAAUCCAAAGUUGCACACAAAGCUGGGAGCCUUCAUGUGCCACUGGCACUCCUGACCUAAUAAACUAUUUUCCUCUCAAGCAGGUCGCUGUGUGCGUGUGCGCGUGUGUGUUGAGCGUGUGUGUGUGUGCAAUUCCACAACUAGUGCCAUGUGACAAAAAUGCAUCAGGUAUUAAUUUUUUUUCCCUUGAAGCAAUUGUGUUCCAGCCUGCUUUUAACUUUUAGACUGCUUCCAAAAGAAUAGGGGACGGGGGAGCCAAUUUGUUUUGUUUUUGCCAAGUCAAGCAUGUGUCAUAAGCAGUCAAUAUAUCAGGUGUAUCAUGAUCAAUUUUUGAAUGCUAGAUUUUAGAUUGUAUUAACAUUAAAAAAAAAGGGGGGCAGGAAAAGAUGGAUCAUUUUAGCUUGCCAGUUCAAAAUUAAAAAUAAAAUAAAAUAAAAAUAAAGCAUGCACUUUGUAAAACUGGUAUGCAUUAUAAAAAAAACACAAGAAAAACUAGCAAUGGAAUUAAUAAUCAAAAGCAAAUAAUAUAAUUGAUUUCACUACAUUUACUUUCACCAUUUGCUACCGUUCCAACAAUUUGUUGUGCAAGUAGAAUUUUUUAAGAGAAAUUGGGGAAAUUGUUGGAACUAUAGAGUUUUUUUUUUGUUACUU